ACUGGAAUAAAUCAAAUCAUUACACUGAAAAUAUGCCACACUUUUUAUUCAAGUGCCCAAACACUUGAAUGAUUGAAUAAAGUCACAUCGUAGAUCUAAUUGGUUUGUGUUUCAACAUCAAUCCAAACCACUAUCAAAUGCAAGUGUUUGGGCGGUUGACUUUUUGGUAUUUUUUAACAUGUUAUUUUCAUUCGGGUGGCUCAAGCUUUUCAAUUGUUUUGCUCAUGAAUUUGUCCCACCUUCUUGAACUAUUCAAAGUGAUGAGCAAAACACUUGAAAAUGAUCUUAAGAUCUACCCAAAACAGGCACUAUUCAAAGUCAACGUGAUUAUCCACAUGAAUUUAAUUUGUUUCACUGAUUGAUUUUUGCGCGACUUUCAUCGAAGGCUAGAAGCGAGGCAAGAACCAAUAGCACAAAAAACUCUCCCGUCUUCAACUGGCCGGCCGGCGCAGUGGUAGCGUGCACGACUAGCAAGCGAGAACCUGUAAAUCGCUUGUACGUAAUUUUAUUUUUCAACACCAUUUAAAAUUCAAGUGUUUGGCUAUUGACAUUAUUUCAUGGCCAAUCACCGAAAUUUCAAGUGUUUUGCGAUUGAUAUUUGAGUGCUCUGUACAGCAGGGCCAGAUCAUGUGUAGAACACUUCGUUGAGCUGUGUAAGUUUUGCUCAGUGUAAGUCAAUUUUAUUUAGCGUAUCAUGUUUUGACAGAUAAUUUCAAUCUAUUCCGCUGUAAAUAAACAGAACAAUCGCAAACACGGAAACAACGUAAACAAAAAGUUGUAAAAAAAUUGUUAAGAACAUUGUUGAAUUUCGCGCUGUUCAAAAUAAUUCAAAGUGAACAAAAAAAAAACCCUUCACAAUGUCCAUCGUGCAACGUCAUCGAAUCAACUUUCAUCCCCAGGAAGUGCAAGCCCUGCUGAAGGCAUGUCUCAUCUACAAGGUGGAACAGUUCCGACAGGCUGGCAAGAGCACUGGCCACCUGUUCUACGACAUCCAGCAGGAGAUGGCCAAGUACGGAGAAUUUCCCGAGCGACCGUUGUUCCAUCUGCGUGCCCACUACCGGCGGGUUCAAAAGCGGUACAAGCAAGGCCGCAAACCGUAUCCACCGGAAGCGCGCGAACUUUGGGGAAGGCUCGAGGAGGAAACCGAUGAUCAAGUUAUAGAAAACGAUGAAACAUGGAAAGCUCUUACAGAACAGAGAAUCCUCCUGGAAGCUGGUUGCCGGUAUCUCACCAAGUCGGAACUUGCCGAACUUAUCCGGGAAGCAAUUGAGAAGGACGUUGAGAUCCAGCUAGAUGAGAAGCAGAAGGAAACGUUCAAAGCUAUUCUGAAUAAUAUGCAUUCGAAGAAGCUUUUUGUAGGUCGAAAUGCAGAUGAUCUCCUUAGGACUUACCACAGGAUGAAGAAACGAUUUCUCAAAGGCAAACAUAACCGCGAGUUUCCCGAGUCGGCGGCCAAGCUCUGGACUAGAGUAGAAGCGGUUGUGCCGGAAUCGGUCGAUCCCCACUUUUCUGCUGUGGCUUUUCCUGUUCAUAAAAAUGAGGACAACGUUGAAAUCGACGCAAAAGCUGUUUGCUCGCUUUGCCAAGGUUGCGCGUACGAGUUCAAGCACCUGUUUCGAGAUAUGUAUCAGAACCAAACCUAUGCGGAAAUUAUCAACCAGACUUUGAACGUGAAGAUGGUGUGGAAUGGACAAUCUUCUGCAGUAAUUUGUCAGCUUUGCUCAACCUACGUUGAGGGCUUACCAAUUUUCUGGAAACAAUGCAGGGAAAGCUGCGUCAAGUUGAACUUCGAGUUGGUGACCAAAGAAGAACCAGUGCUGGAAGAGCCCACCUUUUGGGGAAACAACUCUGGUGCAAGUUCCCCAGCGCAUGAUAUCGAUGAUGCAUUUGAAGAAAUGUUGUCGACAGAAACACCAAAUCCGACGAUUGACUCGGAAGAGACACAUUCCAUCGACAAGAGCAAGGCUCUGAGUAAAGAUCAACGGACCACAGAAUUGACCAGAGAAGAGCUGAACAUGCUGAAAUUCAAGGAGAGCUUGCCAUCGAGCUCCAAGCGCAAAGAUAAGAGGGCAAAGCAAUGCGACCUGUGCGGUAAAACUGUAAUCGACCUCAAAACUCACCUCGAUAGUCAUUACAAUGUCAAGUCGCAUGCCUGUGACCUUUGUCCGAAGAUGUUUACUAGUCGUCAUCAGCUGCGUUCUCACCGCAACACUCAUACUGGCGCGAUAAAAUAUGCUUGCUCGUACUGCGACGCUGUGUUCGACGUGUGGCAGAGCAAAAAAUAUCACGAGAAAAAGCACGUUGUGGAGAUGAACAACAUCUCUUACAACUGUGACCAGUGCAAUGCUACGUUUAAAGUAGAAAGGAAUCUCCAACAUCACAUCAAAUUCAAGCAUCUUCAAAUGCGUAAACUUCAGUGCUCCCAGUGCGACUUUGCCACAAUCAACAAAACACGACUGGUGAACCACGUGCGCAGCAUUCACAGCAAGGAGCGUCCGUUCCAGUGUCCGUACUGUAGUUUUAACUCAAACAGCAACACCGGUUAUUUCAUUCACUUUAAGCGACACAAAAACAGUGGUGUAGCGAAGGUGUAUCACAUCCGGUGCGGGUACUGCGAAGAAACGUUCUUGAAGGACUCCGUUUUUGAAAAGCACAUUCUUCAGGAUCACCCCGAUCGGGCGAUUAAGGUGUAAGGGGUUGGGAUUUUAUAUAUUUAUUGUUUUGCUGUUGGAAUAAAUGUCAGAAAAUGUCUAAUUCAAGUUAAAAUUAAAUUG